CAAAUAGAUGAUUGUCAAACAGAGGAUGAGAUUAGCUGGGGACCCCACACGGAGUUUUGUUUUUGAACAGGAUGGACUCAGCUGAAUACAGCUAGAGCGGAAUUUGCUUAUGGAGCGUAGAGACCAGAGAGGGUAUAUUAUAUUAAUUUGAAGAGCAAAACAACAUGCAAAUUUUAUUCAUCUUGGAUUAGGGGAUUUUCCAGUAAUUUAUUGGCAAGCACUACGAUGAUGAACAGUAAUGAGGAGCAAAAGGAUAUAAUCGCAAGCAUGCGAUAGUAAUAGAGAAGAUUACUUCUUCCAAUGUCAGAGCCAAUCCAGCAAGAAAUGCAGAGCAACCCUUCAUUAGCUAUUCCUCUCGUCAGUCCUGACAGAAAAUAUGGUGGCACUAACCAAAACACACUUAUUGAUAGAUCUACUGCUAUUAUCCAGUCUGCAAACCUCAACGACACUAGCUAUUAUGCAGCAUAAAAUGGAGAAAACCAUCCCAACACUAAUCCUGGAAAGCCUAGCCCACUGUUUUUCCCUUUCAUGUCCGCACAACUUUUUUAUUAGACAACUACACACCUAGCAGGCUAGAAAAUCUACAAAUUUUUUAGCCAAAUAGAACAUGCCUUCAGGAAGCCUGUGGCUUUGUUUAGUAUUGUCAUCUACAUAAUUAACCUGUGCGAUGAAGAAAGUGUUACCUGUUGC